UAUCUGGCCAUAUAUGGCUCGGUAUAUAUAUAUUAACUUCCGGCGAGCAGGUGCGCCAGUGUGUGUCCGAGCUUCAGUCUGGUGUCUUGGCUGCUCUCUGUUUCAGACAUGUCUACCUUAACCCGUAUAGAGAACUUCUUAGAUAACCUCGCUGACCGGUUUCGAAGAGAAUUUGAGGAGAAUCGCAGGGAUGAAAAGAUUCUAGAGGACGAGAUCGAGGCUACCCAUGCUGAGACCAGUGAAACAAAUGCCGUCAAACAGGUGAAGAUAGUGUCCGUGGACUUCCAGGCCCAGCUCAACGCUGAGAAGCAUCACUGUGACAAGUACAAGCUGGUGAGCAUCAAGGAAGGCACCCCCAUCAUCCGCAGGAGCGGCUCCUUCUCCAUCGUCGUCGAGUUCAACCAAGAUAUCGACCUUAAGAAGCAGCACCAGCUUACUCUCUACUUCUCUUUCGGUGCUGGCCCCAACGCCCAGGCGGGGACUCUGGUCGUUCUUGUGGUGACGGGGAAGAAGCUGUUCGACAAGCACCAUGAGAACUGGGACGUCCGUCUGGAAAAACAGGCAGGAACCAAGGCCACCUUACAGAUCCAAGUGUCGUCUGAGGCUCCUGUAGGAGUAUGGACGUGCGCGAUGGAGGUCAAACCCAAGGACGACCCCGACCCCUCCCACAGACACCUCCUCCGCCUCGACACUCUGCUCUACGUCCUCUUCAACCCUUGGAACGAAAAUGACAGCACUUACAUGGAAGACAAGGAGAAGCUAGAGGAAUAUAUCUUGGCUGAUGUUGGCAAGAUCUGGCAGGGAAGCUACCCUACAGCCAAGGGGCGGCUGUGGGUCUUCGGCCAGUUCGACGACGUGGUUCUUCCCGCCUGUGUCCUGCUGCUGGAGAGGUCGGGCCUGAGACCCGAGGCCAGAGGUGACCCUAUCCGUGUCUCCAGGGCCAUCUCCAGGAUAGUAAACAGCAACGAUGACAAGGGCGUAGUUGUGGGCAGGUGGGACGGGACUUAUGACGACGGAACAUCGCCCAGUGGUUGGACGGGUUCCAUCAAGAUCCUAGAGGAGUACGUGCGCAAGAACAAACCCGUCAAGUAUGGACAGUGUUGGGUCUUUGCCGGGGUUGUCAACACUGUGUGCCGAGCCUUAGGCCUGCCUGCGCGAGUGGUGACCAACCUCAACUCAGCCCACGACACCAACGUCUCCCUCACCAUCGACGAGUACUUUGACACCGAAGGCAAUGAGAUCAAGUACCGGUCGGAUAUUAUCAACCCGGGUGGCUUGAACGACUCUAUUUGGAACUUCCACGUUUGGAAUGACGUGUGGAUGGCCCGUCCAGACCUUCCUGACGGCUAUGGCGGCUGGCAGGCCAUCGACGCCACCCCACAGGAGACGAGUGACGGAAUGUACCAGUGCGGGCCGGCGUCUCUGGAAGCCGUCCGCCGCGGCCAGAUGGAGCUGAAGUACGAUGUGCCCUUCGUCCUGGCCGAGGUCAAUGCCGAUGUGGUGCGCUGGAAGGAGGAUAAGGACUCUCAAGAUGGAUUCAAGAAGCUCUUCGCCGACAAAGCCCACGUGGGUCGCCAAGUGCUGACGAAGAAGCCCGGCCCAGUAGACAGCGGGAGGUUCUACGAGAAAGACAAGGAGGAGUGUACCGUGGACUACAAGCCCCAGGAAGGGUCCAGGGAGGAGAGAGUCACGCUUCACUCCGCUGCCAGACGGACUCGAGCCGCUCGCCACGCCUUCAGAUUCCCGUCAGAGGCCAUUGAGGACGUGGAGUUCAGCAUCCAAGACGUUGAGCGAGUUCCCAUCGGCGACGACUUCGCCAUCACCGUCAAGGCUUUGAACACGAGCGAAGCGAAGCGUACAGUCACCAUCGUGAUGACAGCCGCCAGCCACUACUACACUGGCGCCAAGGCACACGACAUCGCUCGCGCCGAAGGCACCUUCGUCCUGCAACCCAAGGAAAACAAGACCCUGGCGCUACCUGUCACCUAUAAGCAGUACUACCACAAGCUGGUAGAACACGCCAUGAUCAAGCUGGUGGCUAUCUGCACUGUGGAGGAGACUUCGUAUGCUUGGUUUGGUGACGACAGGUUCGAAGUUCUCAAGCCUCGCAUCAAUGUCCAGAUACUGGCGCCGGGUGUGGCCGGGAAGCCGCUGCCCUGCAAGUUCUCCUUCACCAACCCGCUGCCCAUCGCCCUCACCAGCUGCGUUCUGGUGAUUGACGGACCAGGACUCACACGCCCGAAGAAGAUCCCCAUCAGUGAUGUUGGUGCCAAGGCGGAAAUGGUGUACGAGCUGAAGGUGUACCCCUUGACGGAGGCUAACUGCACCUUGGUAGCCACCUUCAACUCCACUGAACUGCUCAACCUGUCUGGUUCAGCCCCGGUGGAGAUCGCUCCGGCCGAGAGCUAAUCAAGCAUGAUGUGAAGCCAGCAAGGGAUGGGGGUGGUAGAAAUAGCCUAAGCUACUCUAUCCCUUUGAGAUGUAUUUCUUUCUUGUCUCAAUAAACAUACUUGAACUUGGUAUGAAGCUCUUAACACUUGUGACACAGUAUUGUGUAAAUGCUUGUUUGGAAAGGUGGCAUCUGGUCCUGAUUGAUGAUAUUGUAACGCGCUGCUGUUGACUUGUAGAGAUAAUAUUCGCUGGUAAUUUACAGAAUUAUACAGCCUUUGUUUUUUAUAUACACAGCCCCUUUUAGAGAGAUAGUAUUUACAUGUUUUUUUCUCUGUUACCCUUAGCAUUAAUAUUAAGUCAAGUGCUAUAAUUUCAACAAAAGUUUUGUGUCGGAACUAGUUUUAGGAGUCGUAUAUAUUACUAUAUACAAAGCCGCUCAAUGGAGUUAUAGCUCAUUAUAUAACUAUUUAUGUCAUCUUUCAAUAAACUAAAAUUCAUCCUAGAAUUAAAGAUGUAGGCCAUUGAAGUAAACACCUUAACGAUGGAGACAAUUUCUUAGCGUUAGGAAUAUUUACAGAAAUAAAAAAACCCGUUGGAGCGGUUAUAGAGUGUUCCGGGAAGAUGCGGAUAAUUCUACCUGAAGCAGCCUCAGUGAAUACCUAGUCUUAGAGCGUUAUCAGGCUUUCAGUACAAUAUAAUGAAAGGUUUCAGCACAGAGUUAGUAACGACGUUUUGGGUCCCAUAUGUUUCAGGGUCAAGAUAAAUCAUAUGUUGUAUGAUUGCAGCAUUUUAGAACUACAUUAGGGGGUAAACUUGGACUCUGAAGUUUACUUGAAGUUUACUAAUAUUCUUAGAUCAAGACGUGAUCCUUUAUGCACCCAGUUAAUUUUGUAAGAUCCUUGUGCAUCAGAUUAACUAAGACAACUGUUAAUUUCAUAUACGUGUGUGUUAUUAAGAGCAGUUUCACUUAAAUUAAGGUUAGGCGUAUUUUAGCAUUUCUUAUUUUUAAGUAUGGACCCGCAUUAGAGCUCUUAAUUUACAGUUUCCUUAGCAUAAAAUAAAUGUUUGUAGCGAUGUAUACCAUUUAGGUUUUAUGAGUACUUAUAAAAAAAAACACAACCUCAUAGAUUUUGCAUUGCGGAACAUAUUUGUUUUAUAAUAAUAGAAUGUCCCUCUUUUUUAAAGUAUUUAAAAAAUGAGUGGUUUUUGGGGAGGGGAGUUGAAUUUUUUAUGAGGUGUAUUGUAUUUUAAGUGUUUUGAUUUUGAUAUAUGCUUUUUACACCAUCCUAUCAAUACUUCUCAUGGAUUCUGCGCAUCAGGAACGACAUUCAUAUGUAAUUCUCACCAGAUUCUUUACCCAAAGCAGUGAACUAUCCAUGAGAAGCCCAGUACAGAGGCAAGAGUUCAAAGCUUAACUCGCCACUAAAAAUAAGCACUAUUUUAGGCGCCAAAUUGAAGGUAGCCUCAUAUUUUUAAAUAAAGAUUUACCCAUUGAA